AUGGAAAAAAGAUUUGAAUAACGUGGUGUUGAAUUGUGGCGGUGACAUCAUGUACUGAUCUGCCAUAGAUCAGUAAUCCAGGGUCAGAAGAACUUUGGUUAAUUAUAAAAAGAACCAGCGGACCUUCUCAAAUAAGUUGUAUACGGGCAGCGAAUGUGUAGCACGCGAAAAUGUUUGUUGCUCGGAGCAUUGCAGCGGACCACAAAGAUCUCAUCCAUGAUGUAUCCUACGAUUUUCACGGCCGGCGAAUGGCGACUUGUUCCAGUGACCAAAGUGUCAAGGUUUGGGACAAAAGUGAGACGGGGGAAUGGCACUGUACAGCCAGCUGGAAGACUCACAGCGGGUCGGUGUGGCGCGUGACCUGGGCCCACCCUGAGUUUGGGCAGGUGCUGGCCUCCUGCUCCUUCGACCGGACAGCGGCCGUGUGGGAGGAGAUUGUGGGCGAAUCCAACGACAAGCAGAGGGGACAGAGCCAUUGGAUCAAGAGGACCACGCUGGUGGACAGCCGGACUUCGGUGACGGACGUGAAGUUCGCCCCGAAGCACAUGGGCCUGAUGCUGACCACGUGCUCGGCGGACGGGGUGGUGCGGAUCUACGAGGCGCCGGACGUGAUGAACCUGAGCCAGUGGUCCCUGCAGCACGAGAUCUCCUGCAAGCUCAGCUGCAGCUGCAUCUCCUGGAACCCCUCCUGUUCCCGCGCCCACCCGCCGAUGAUCGCCGUGGGCAGUGACGACGGCAGCGUGACGUACGCCGGAAAGGUUCAGAUCUACGAGUACAACGAAAACACGAGGAAGUACGCCAAGGUGGAGACCCUUAUGACCGUGACGGACCCCGUGCACGACAUCGCCUUCGCUCCCAACCUGGGGCGGUCGUUCCACGUGCUGGCCAUAGCGACCAAGGACGUUCGCAUCUUCAAGCUAAUACCGCUUCGGGCGGAGACGGCAUCCUCGGCGAGCCCCACCAGGCUGGAGGUGCAGAUUGUGGCGCAGUUCGAUAACCACAGCUCCCAGGUGUGGCGCGUGAGCUGGAACAUCACCGGCACCCUCCUGGCCUCCUCCGGGGACGACGGCUGCGUGCGGCUCUGGAAAGCGAACUACAUGGGGACCUGGAAGUGCACGGGGAUCCUGAAAGGCGACGGCAGCCCCGUGAGCGGCUCGUCCGGGCAGCAGGGGGCGCCGAACGCCGUGGGGGGGCCCGGGGCCCCGCAGGGCUCCCUGAACGGGACGUUGGCCGGAAGGUAUCUCUUUCCCUCUCUGGACCCCCCGUGGGCUGGGUCCAGGUGUGCCCAGCUCCUGCCCCCUCCCAGCGCGCUAGAGCAGACUUGCGAUAGCGACUACGCUAACCCGCAGCAGCCUCAACUCUCCUGGCAGUACACAGCCCAGCCGUUAAACCCCUUACCAGAAAGCGACGGGUUGUGAAAAGGUUUACUGUAAUAAAAAGGACAACACUAUCGAGCAACCCUGUAUACACCUGCAGUUCUCUUUCUCUUUUUUUUUUGUAAUUUCUUUCCUGCUUAUCCUUGGGUUCUUGUAUAAAUAUUUUUUUCUCUUUUUUUUUGUUAUGACUGGUCUCAGCGAGCUCAUUAGAAUGCAGACUGUGUCCGCCAGCAUGAAAACCGUUUGUUAGGUUUUCCCUUUUUCUUUCGCUAAAUUGCGGAAGGGAGACCAGCCUCUGAAACGGCCUGUUUAAAAUGGGUACCUUUUCUGCUGCUUUGUUUUUUAUUGAUACUGUUUCUGGUAAAUUGAAUCUUGAGUGCUGCAGUAACACACAGUCUCGGGUUUUACUGGGCUGUAAACCUCCGUUCCUUGAAAACCUUAAACUUUUAUUUCCCACAAAUCUCUGCUCUUAAUUGCAUAAGCAUGUGAUUAAUUUGCUCGGUUUGUCCGUUUUUACAAUCUUGCAGUGAUUGAAUCACAACUGAAGACUGUACUUGUGCCUUACACUGAGGAAAUACUUCAUUGGAUUACUUUGGGCAAUGAGAUGUUUGACACACUUAAUGUAAUAUACAGUGUAUAUAGUGGUACUAAGCUUUUAUCGUGUUUUUUUUUUCUUUCUUUCUGGGGAAAAAUGCCUGGCCAUUGAGUCACUGCGUAUUACUUUGGAGUCGAGCAAUAAAAUGUUUCAUGGCUGAUGCUCUCUUCA